GAGUCACCGUGUGAGGCGCGUAGGCCAAUCACAAAUCGAGGAUUUGGGCACUAAUUUAAACCGGAGAGGAAUAGCUGCUUGUUUUGUUAAGUGCAACACACACGAGUUAACGAUACCUAAAAAAAACAAAAAAACAAAGAAGAGCAAACAUUUUGUCUAUGUUCAACAUCUCAGUCGGGAUUACAUGCGUCCCCGGCGCAAGAGUCCACCGAGGGACUAAUUUUGAAGUCGCUGGUUUAUGUUUAUGCUUAACGACAGCCGAGUCUAUCCCAACGUUAACCGGUUUAUUGGCUGGGUUAACGUGGAGUCAGGUAACCUAACGUUAGAUUCGGUUUAAAGGAACAACAUGCCGUCCCGUGUUGAGGACUACGAGGUGCUGUACACUAUAGGCUCAGGUUCCUAUGGAAGAUGCCAGAAAGUAAAACGGAAAGCUGACGGGAAAAUCCUGGUGUGGAAGGAGCUGGACUAUGGCACCAUGGCGGAGAGUGAAAAGCAGAUGCUGGUGUCAGAGGUGAACCUCCUGAGGGAGCUCAAGCACCCAAACAUAGUGAGGUACUACGACCGCAUCAUAGACCGGACUAACACCACGCUGUACAUUGUGAUGGAGUACUGCGAAGGUGGGGACCUUUCUAGCCUCAUCAGCCGCUGCAUCAAGGAAAGGCGUUAUUUGGAGGAGCAGUUCAUCCUGCGAGUCAUGGCACAGCUCACGUUAGCCCUGAAGGAGUGCCACAGACGCAGCGAUGGCAGGGCCACGGUUCUUCAUCGAGACCUGAAACCAGCCAACAUCUUCCUCGACAUCAGGCAGAACGUUAAGCUCGGUGACUUUGGCCUGGCGAGGAUCUUGAAUCAUGACACCAGUUUUGCAAAGACAUUUGUCGGGACACCUUACUACAUGUCUCCAGAACAAAUAAACCGGAUGUCAUACAACGAAAAGUCAGAUAUUUGGUCACUGGGAUGUUUGCUGUACGAACUAUGUGCAUUAUCCCCUCCGUUUACUGCUUACAACCAAAAAGAGCUGGCGGAGAGGAUCAGAGAGGGAAAGUUCAGAAGAAUCCCGUACCGAUACUCUGAGGAACUGAAUAGCUUACUCAGCAAAAUGCUCAACUUAAAGGACUAUCUCAGGCCCUCUGUGGAGUCUAUACUCCAGACCAGCCUGUUGGCUGAUGCGGUUGCUGAGGAGCAGAGGAGGGCAGAGGUGCGACUCCGAAGGAGAUCGGCGGACCCCGAUUGUCUCCUUCACAAGCCGGCUGAACCGGCCCCCGCCCCUGCUACAGACCUCAAACUCAGGGAACAGGCGCUGAGGGACAGGGAAAAGGCACUGAGGGAACAUGAACAGAGGCUGGAGCAAAGAGAGCAGGAGCUGUGCGUUCGGGAACGGCUGUCAAAUGAAAAGCUUGCACGGGCAGAGUGUUUACUGAAGAAUUACAACCAUCUACAGCAGCAGAGGGACCUGGCACCGCUCUACAGCAAAGACAUAGAUGAGGCGAACCUUUCCCCUGGCAAGAAGAAAGUCCACUUUGCUGGCGAGAGCAAAGAGAACAAGCGGCCCGACAGUCGUCAGAGUGUGACGUCCCGGGAGCUGAUGCUGAGGAGGCUGCAGACGGCCAAUCUGCGUGCUAAAACACUGAAUGAAGUGGAGAAGGCCUGUCUGUUCAAGAGCAGACAGAUCCUCGGCAUCCGAUGACCACACAGAUGAUGUCUGUCUUGUGACUGAAGGCUAUGAGUCAUAAUCACUGGAUGUACACUUUUAUUUUUUAUGAUAGUUGAAUAGCUGUGACAAUAGUGAAGCCAAUCUGGUGUAUUGUCAUGUGUAUGCUGUUGCUUCAUAGUGACAAUUUUAUUUAGUUUGACUGUUUGAUGUGUGGAUUUUAUAGGUAGCUGUUGUGAUUUUACUUGAUAUUCUUGCUGAGUUUUUUUAUAUAUGAAAUAUAAAAAUUUGUUUGAUAGUUGUAAUAAUUUACUAAGAUAAAACAAGAACUUUAUUCCUCCUGAAGAAAAAUUUUGUUCCAAAUAGUUUGAGUGGACAUUGUUAAAUAAAUGUACAUAGUAAA